GUAGCGCGGGGAAUUUCGAGUAUAGGAGCUACGCGGCAGGCCGGUAGCUGGCGGGCAUGUCAGGUGCGACCAUGGAGGCCCUGGCGGAGCCGCGGUGGCCUCCCGGGCUGGCGAUGAUGAAGACAAUAGAUGAUUUGCUUCGUUGUGGGAUUUGCUUCGAGUAUUUCAACAUUGCAGUGAUAAUCCCCCAGUGCUCUCACAACUAUUGCUCUCUUUGUAUAAGAAAAUUUUUGUCCUAUAAAACUCAGUGCCCAACUUGCUGUGUGGCAGUAACAGAACCAGACCUGAGAAAUAAUCGCCUUUUAGACGAACUGGUAAAAAGCAUGAAUUUUGCACGGACUCGCCUGUUGCAGUCUGCUUUAGAGUCACCACCCAUAUCUCCUGUGUCUUCCACCUCAAAGAAAGUUGUUGUUAAAGUACAUAAUGCUGAAGCCAAGCCUAACCCUGUCAAACAGGGGAACAGGUUAAUGGACAAGUUCCUGGUUAGAGAAACUGGUGGUUGUGUAUCAGAGUUGUUGGGAAAAGAAAAUGACAUGAAAUUCAGCCCUCAAAAGGAGAUAAAUACCUCUGCUGAGAUUAAAGAGACAAGUCUCAUAGGAAAGACGGUACUUGGUCUUUCAGAUGCUAAUGGUCCUGUGACACCCUCUACAUCCACCCUGAAACUGGAUACUAAAGUGUCUUGUCCUGUUUGUGGGGUCAGCAUUCCAGAAAAUCACAUCAACAAGCAUUUAGACAGUUGCUUGUCACGUGAAGAGAAGAAGGAGAGCCUUAGAAGUUCUGCUCACAAAAGGAAGCCGUUGCCCAAAACUGUGUAUAACUUGCUCUCUGAUCGUGAUUUAAAGAAAAAGAUGAAACAACAUGGCUUAUCUAUUCAAGGGAGCAAACAACAGCUUAUUAAAAGGCACCAAGAAUUUGUACACAUGUACAAUGCCCAGUGUGAUGCUUUGAAUCCUAAAUCAGCUGCUGAAAUAGUCCAAGAAAUUGAAAACAUGGAGAAGACCAGGAUGCGUCUUGAAGCAAGUAAACUGAAUGAAAAUGUCAUGGUUUUUACAAAGGACCAAACAGAGAAGGAAAUAGAUGAAAUUCACAGUAAAUAUCGUAAAAAGCAUCAGAAUGAAUUCCAGCUUCUGGUGGAUCAGGCCAAAAAAGGAUACAAGAAAACUGGCAGACUGUCUAAAGCUACAGUAAUAAGAAAAGAUGGACCUGCAGAGAAGCUGUCAUCUGCAACCACGGGACAAGAAUGUAAUGUGAACUUCUCCGAUACAGUCUCAGUAACAAACCACUUUCUUCAGUCCAAACUGGAGUCCCCUGGACAGUUGGAGCCUGAGAGACCAGAUGAUUCUUCUAGUUGUACUGAUAUUCUUCUCUCCUCAGAAUCAGAUUCGUGCAAUAGUUCCAGUUCAGACAUCAUAAGAGACCUUCUGGAAGAAGAGGAAGCCUGGGAAGCGUCUCACAGGAGCACUAUUGUGGGGAGCACCCCUGACUAUGCUGCUUGUAUGGAAGCCAGAAAUGAUCAGAAUAGAGAAAUAAACCCUCAACAGAAUCACCGCACUAGAGCCACUGAAAGUGCUGAGGUUGAACCAAGAAACAAGCGGAAUAGGAACUAGUAUGGGCUUUCCUCAGCUUUUCCAUACGGUGACCAGAAUAUGGUUUUUUUUUAUUGCCAUGUGUGAUUUCAUAUUUAGAAAUAGCCAGGGGAGAUGUUUAACAUUAAAUGUAGUAAUUUAUUUUCAUUCUUCUUUGCCUUUCUAGAAAAAAAAGUUAUGAAAUGACCCUUGACCCUUCUUGUUCAGUUGCUUCCUUCCUCUGAGAUGUUUCUCCCCUAAAAACACAUUGACCAGCUUUGCCCAACACACUCAUUCCUUAGCAGGGGUGUUUGCCUCGGCUUAACUUCUCUAUUUCAGGAUAUUUUAAAGUCAUUUUUCACUUUUUUUCAUUGGGGAACCAACCCCAGCAACAACUUCUUUAUGUCCUCUUGAUAGUAACAAGCUGGUAAGAAUAUACACGCUUUUGUCAUAGUUUACUCUCUUCGUAUAAGUGCCUGAUGCCAGGCCACCAGCAGUUACUGGUUAGUACCUAAGUUAAAUGUUUUUGGUUGUUAGAUAUUCCUAUGUUUUACAAAUAGAGUAGGUUUAUGGUAUAAAGUCACAAAGUUGGUUUUAUAAUUUUUGAAAAGUCAGGAAAGUAAGUAUUGUAACAGUCACAAUAACCCUGAAGCAUAUGUAUGUGCUUCUGAAAUGUCAUUUAAAAAUUAUUCCUGUUAGUAUUUUUCCACUGGGGUCAGGCAGAUCUCUAACACUUUGAAUCCCAGGUGUUAAACAAAUAAAAAAUGAAAUAAAUGAAUUUUGUCAAUGAUUACACAGUUUGUAAUUUCCUUGAAAUAGUGUCUUGAUAGUAUUUGAAUAAAGGCUAUGAAUAUUUA